AUGGCUGCGAGACAGUCGUCGCCGUCGUCAGAGCAUUCGGCUCAUUCAGAUAGCAAUGUGCGCAAGAGAGUAUGCAAGGCUUGUGAUCGAUGUCGUUUGAAAAAGUCAAAGUGUGAUGGCGCCAGCCCCUGCGGCAGAUGUCGCGCCGACAAUGCCAUUUGCGUCUUUGGGGAGCGCAAGAAAGCUCACGACAAGGUCUAUCCUAAGGGAUACGUCGAAAUGCUUGAACAACAACAAAUCUGGCUUGUAAAUGGUCUACAAGAACUCUACCGUCGUGCCCAAGAAGGCGAAGGCUGGACUGGAGAACCACUCAAAGCUGAAUCGAAUGGACACCCACUCACACACGAUCUGCUCACACGAUUAGGCGCAUUAGAUCACACCAAGGGCGAAAUAUUCGAAGAUAAUGUGGAACAGAUGCAGCAAAAACUAUGGCAACAAAAUGCAGGAUUGAUGCAGCGACAGGAAUCAUCGGAUGGAAGCUCGGAUAUUGCGCAUUCUCCUCCAACCACCACCUUGAAUCUGAACGCGAAUGCGCAUAGCUACCACCAACAUCGCCAUCACCAUAUGGUCAAUAAUCAUAGUCGACGACAUCAUCCAUAUUCAGUAUCACAAUACGCAGAUACUCUAGCCAGACAUCAGCUGCCACCCACACCACCAGGAAGCUACAGCCCUUCCUCCGCCGCUUCAUCGCAACAACAAAUGUCAUCCUUGCCAAUCAUCAAACCCGAACCACUCCUCAUCACAACCUCGGCCGGCCUCUCCUCCGCCAUUCCAACUCCCACAUCCACAAUCUCUCCCAACAGCGCCCCCAAUUUCUCCACUCUUCUCGCUCAACAAGGCAUAAACCCCAUCUCCCUCCAACAACAUCAACAACAACCACAACCCCAAACACCCUGGACCACCAGCUCCAACGACCUCAACUUCGACGAUUUAGAUUUGAUAGGCGGCGGCAGCGGGAGUGGAAAUCAAUUCACGCCAUUAUUCGAAGAUAUCUCAUCCUCCUCGUCGCCGAUGUUUGGUCGCUCACAGCAGCAGCAAAUGCCGAUAAAUUGUUUACCGCCGAGUAUGCUCUUUGAGCCGGGGAAUGAUGAUUUUAGUCAAUAUUUCAAUACGAAUACGGAGAUUUCUACUAUUUGA